AGUAGUAUUAGUAUCGCUAUUGCCAUAGAGACAUUAUUGCUCUUGACAGAUGGAUAAAAGUUGAAAAAUCCCCAGUUUAAGUUCAUCUAGUCAGAAGCAGGGACUUAAAUUCUGUCUAAACAUAAACAUCCUGCACAUCUAACACGAUGAGUGCAACAACGAUCACAAGUCUCACAACAUCUGAGGCACCGUCCCAGGUGCCCACAGCAGUCCAAGAAACAGUUCCAGAGGAAGUACCAGAACCAAGUGAUGCUGCCGUUAAGUUCUUGGAAGGCAUAGUUCCUGAAGAGGACUUUAAAUAUUUGAUGUUUGAUGACAGCCUGUUGACAACCUCGACGGAUACAUACACAAGUGGUUCAAAACAGGGGAGAGAACUGGGGGAAUUUACCGUUUCUGUAGAGCCAACACGUCACAAACAACAAGAUUGCUAUCUCAUACAUGCAAACAGUCAUGGGUCGAUAGAUGGUGUCCCUUGUGGCACAUCAAUCACAGCUUAUGUCGGACAGAACCUUGAGACCAUCGAACAACAACACCACGAAUAUGUAAAGCUUGAAAACUGCCCUCUGGACAGGAAGACAUUUAUAGUUCAACAAGAGGACUGUUAUGUGGUGAACAGAGUAAUAACACAAGGAGAGCCUUGGAUGAAGAAUUUCGAUAUCCAAAGAUCUUCUAGAAGCAUUGAACUGUCAAAGAUGAAAGGAUUUAUAUCUGAGGGGUCCAAUUUACUGCUGCAUAGACUUUUGAUUGAGAAAAACUUUCACUCUGAUGACUUCCAACUCCUGUCCUUUGACUCCGACACAAAUAUAUGUGCAGCUAUAUAUCGGCCCUUGGAGGACCGGACUCAGACAGUUGACGGGACUGAAAUUCGUGUAUAUGGGGUUGAGAGGACUAUUAACUCUGUGGUGGACCUUCCUACAACAUGGCAAUCGUAUUUUAUGCAGGAUGGACAUUUGACAAAUCGUGUGCAGGUUGGAUCUCCUGUGACAAUGAAACUGGCCAGAGUACCAAACCUUAUAAUGAGAGACGAGGAGCCGCCAAAACCGACAUUUGAGAAGCGAUCGUUACAGUGGGAUGAGGAUAUGCAGCUAUAUUCUAAGUUCCUUGACAGGAAGGAGGAGCUAAAAGCAGACCAUGGGUCCUAUGUCCGCCAUCAUCCCGAGCUUAAAAAUCUACUCGCGGAUUUCCUCCAAUUCUUACUUUUGCGGAAACCAGAGGAUGUUGUUCAAUUUGCUGCUGAGUAUUUCUCCGCGUUUUCUCCUGCUAUGCCUACUGCUACACCUUACUUAGCUUCAAAUGCUCCAACACCUUUCCCAGCAAGUCGGACCAACACAAAGAUUGACCAGCUCCGAGCACCGACGCGAUGAGUGACAUUCUGGACAUCACACGUUCGUUCUUUUUCUACACCUGGCAGAAGGAUUUUUCUUUUCAAAAGGUGACUUUAACGGAAAAAAUCUUCAAUAUUUUGGUUCAGGAAGCAAUUACUUAAACUGUAUAUACAGAGGAAUCAUAAUUUCUUGUAGUUUGAGACAAGAUUUAUGAUGUGACACUCUUUACUCAUUUACCCCUGAAGACUCAUUUGAACCCUUCCAAUUCAAAGGUUGGAAUAGUUCAUUAUGAAAUUUCAGGGGUGAAUGAGUUAAUCUGAACACAUAAGUUUCCAGAAAUCUCCUGAAUAAAAGAAAAAAUAAUUCAGGUUUAUGAAACCAAAAUCCUGUACUCCUUAAUUACAGUGUAGUUGAAAAUUGACUUCAAAAAUUUACCAGUGUUUAUUGAAAUGUACUGAAGGUUACUGAAAACAUUUGGAAAUGGCCCUCAGCGAAUCUUAACAACUUUGUUAUUGACUGGUGGAUUUUCAAAUAUUUUUUUUUUGCUGGAUCAGCCCUGAUAAAGAUAGUCAAGCAAAUUGAAAAAUUGAAAACUGAAGUUUAAAAAAGGUUGAAUCAUUACAAAGUAAGUGGAACAUACAAAGUGUACUAGAAUUGCUUUGUAAUUUAAUAUCUACUUUAAUUAUUUUUAUAUAUAUUGCCAAUACAAGUGUUGUAAGAAAAUAUUGCCUUGUGUUAAAUAAGGCUAGAAAACACCUAAUGUUGUUAUACAUAAAAUUUAUAUUCUAUUUAUCAAUGAAGACUUUAAGCGUUGUACAUGUAUACAUUUAUUGUACGGUAUAGAUGUUACAGAAUCAAAUUUAGUUUUAAUACCACACCGAUAGUCUUACCAACCCCGUCCUUGCAUGUGUUAUGUUUUACAUUCGAUGUUUACAAUUCAAAUAAUAUUUAACAUUUUUUUUACUGUUUCUAAUGAAGCAUGUAUGAUAUUUGAGAGAGGAAGGCUGAAAAGGACCACAGAAAGAAUUGAAUACGAGAGAGCGAGAGAAGGAAAAAAUACAUUUUGUUGAAAAAUGUUUUGUACAGAUAUCCCAUGAAUGUACAUAUUUUUUAUGAUUAUGUAUUUAACAAAUACAAUGUAUAUAAAUGUUAAUUUUAUACAGUAAAUAUCAAUAUAUCUUUGGAAAUGAAUUUUUCACUCUAAAUUAAUUGUUUCACUUCAAAUAUUUAUUUUGUUGUUGUAAAGAUGAACAAAUCAAGACUGAAAUAAAAAAAUUAUGUGGCAUUAUUUUCGAAAUAAAAAUUGAAAUUCAAAAAGAAAACCUUCAUGCUUGGAGAGUUGUAUAUUUUAAAUGAACAUCUGAAGACAGGAAUUUGGAUUUUGAAGAUAUUUAUGACUUUCUGUUAAUGAGUCAUUAAGCUAAUGGAAUUUAUGAAAAACCAGAUUUAGUCCAUAUCAAAAGAAUAUACCUGGUACUUUAAACACUCGUAAUGGGGGCCAUUUGAAAAUUCCCAGACUCGUAAGUGGUUUUGGAUCCUCGAUCAAAAAAUUAUAAUUUUGAUCAUAGCUAGUAUAAUUUAUAGGUAUGAUAAUUAUAUAUUUUUGGAGGACACGUGUUUCGCUGGUAUAGCAGAUUGUAAGAAUAAUAUUUAAGGUUUGUGAUUAGCGUCACUAUAGUCCAGUCCUGCCUUAGAAAGGAAAAUCAAAGAUCCAAAAAUGCAUGAAAAAAAUAUUACCAUUACAUUUUAAAAUCUAUUAUACAUUGUAUUAAUGUUAUGCUGAAUAAACAGUGGUUUCUUCACUUUAAA